CCGGGACUUGGUGAACUGGGUGCAUGUUAGGGAGCAUGAGAGCUGUCAAAAUACCAGCCUUAGGGCUCCGAAGCCUCCUGAGUUUAUUGGUCAUAUUAGUGGAGGGGUGGCAUGAUUUGGAUAACAAAGACUAUGACUGUUGGCCCUUGGAAAAACCAGAUGAGUAUAACAUGCUGGACUGUGGAGGCCUGGAGAUGGUGUGGAUACAAAGGCCUCCAGAAAAGGUUGUAAGUGGGGAAUUCUUCAAUGUGACCUAUGCAGUCUUUGCUUCAGACAGCUUUUAUCAAUAUGCAGUGCAAAAUGGAAUCCUUUCUCACAGCAACGCUGCUGCUGCAAAGGAAUUCUGUGAGGAGCACGAAUGUCCUGCCAGCUGGAAAGAUGCAGAUGAGGAGAACUGCUGUGUCCACCACGCCAACAUUCACUCCUGUCCUUUGGCCUUCAUGGGUAGAGGAGGAAUAUGUGGUCCAUGGAUCCCAGACGAUGGCCAGAUAUUUACUCACACUUUGUCUACAGCUGGCAAAAUGAGCCAAAGAAACUGGACUGCCAAGGUUGUUCUAGUCCAUGUGGGUGUGACUUCUCUCAUUGCACACAUCAGAGUUGGAAGAAUGCAAGUUGCUCUGGAAGCAAAAAGCACAGUCCUUCCUGCAGUAGUCUGUGGAGAUGGCUUUUGUGAGGAAGAAGAAGACUGCUAUACCUGUCCAGCAGAUUGUGGGGAAUGUCCACUGUCUACUGAUGCUAGGAUAGCAAUUGCCUUACCAAUAUGUUUAGUCUGUGCUGGCUUCAUUUUGACAGUCACAUGGUUUCAAUAUCAGAAACAGAAAAUGCUUUGGGAUGAAAGCUGGAUUAUAGACUUUGCAUGCAUCAAACAAGAUCGCACAGUUUGGACAGCUACAGGAAGCAUGAGUGCUCCUCCAUUACCCAGUGACUCCAAUGCCAGUUGUAUCAGCGCUCUGAGCUCUUGCACAGCAGCUGCUAACACAUCCAGGAAACAGUACUUCACCCAGACUGGGAGAUAUGAUGGCAGAACAGUGGCCAUAAAGAAAUUAAAGAAGAAGGCAUUCACACUGUCCAAAUCCAUACGUAAAGAAGUAAAGCAAGUGAGGGAGCUUGACCAUCCAAAUCUCUGCAAAUUCAUUGGAGGCUGUACAGAAGUGCCAAAUGUUGCCAUUGUGACAGAAUAUUGCCCCAAGGGCAGCUUGAGUGAUGUCCUGCUCAAUGAAGACAUCCCUCUGAACUGGGGUUUCAGAUUUUCUUUUGCUACUGAUAUUGCACAAGGAAUGGCCUAUCUUCACCACCACAAAAUGUAUCAUGGUCGAUUGAAGUCAAGUAACUGUGUGAUAGAUGACCGUUGGGUUUGUAAAAUUGCAGAUUAUGGUUUGCAGUCAUACAGAAAAGAAGAUUGUCCUGAGGGGUCAGGCUCAUACCAUCAACAUCUGAUGCAGAUUUACACAGCUCCUGAAAUCCAUUCCCUUUCAGACUUUGAACCCAAUUCUAUGGCUGACGUCUACAGCUAUGCCAUCAUUUUACUAGAAAUUGCCACGAGAAGUGACCCUAUGCCAAGAGAUGAUGUGCACUCAGCUGAAUAUUUUUGGUGCCCAUCUUUGGCAGAACUAAUUUCAGGAAAGGCUGAGAACCCUUGCCCAUGUCCCACAGAUUACAUAGAGUUAAUCAGAAGGUGCAGAAAAAACAACCCAGCUCAAAGGCCUACAUUUGAACAAGUCAAGAAAACAUUGUAUAAGAUGAAUCCUAAUAAAGUUAGCCCUGUUGACAUGAUGAUGACUCUGAUGGAGAAAUACAGCAAACAUCUGGAGAUACUGGUUUCUGAGAGAACACAGGAUUUAAUGCAUGAGAAACAGAAGACUGAUCGUCUGUUGUACAGUAUGUUGCCAAAGCAAGUAGCAGAUGAUCUCAGGCAAGGAAAGCACACACAAGCUCAAAGUUACUCAAGUGCCACCAUCUUUUUCAGUGACAUUGUUGGCUUCACUCAGCUGUCCAGCAGCAGCACACCUUACCAAGUGGUAGAUCUCUUGAACAAGCUUUAUACCACUUUUGAUGAAAUCAUUGAUAACUAUGAUGUCUACAAGGUGGAGACAAUAGGAGAUGCCUACAUGGUGGUGUCGGGAGUGCCCAGAGAGAACGGGAUCCGUCACGCUGGUCAGAUUGCAAGCAUGGCUUUAGACCUUCUGGAUGUCUGCAAGACUUUUACCAUCCCACACAUGCCCAGCACUCUCUUAAAGAUAAGAGCAGGAAUCCAUUCAGGGGCAGUUGUAGCUGGAGUUGUCGGGACCAAAAUGCCGAGGUAUUGUUUAUUUGGAGAUACUGUGAACACAGCUUCCAGGAUGGAAUCUACCAGUGAAGCUCUUAAAAUACAGUGCAGUUCAAGUUCAUACCAGCUGCUGGAGCAGAUUGGAGAGUAUGUACUAGUAUGCCGUGGGAAUUUACAAGUCAAGGGGAAAGGAGAUAUGAUAACAUACUGGCUUGAAGGUAAGAAGACCUCUACUGCCCAGAAGACCAUCACCAACACUUCUCUGACUCUUCAGGACACCAACAGGGCUUUGUUUAGUUUAAUACCAGGUGUCCUGACUAGUGAUCAUCUCUCAAGUCCUGCUUACUAGCCAUUCACUAACUCCAGCAUCCAUCCUGCUUUCAGGCUGUUAGGUCAUCCCACUGGACUAGAAAGUAAGACAAGAGAUAGCAUGGUUCUUUGGCCUUGUGGAUGUGUUAGCUCAAACUUUAUUCACAGACGUCCCUCUUCCACCAGUGGCAGGAAAAACACAAAACAGCAAAAAUUCAUCUUGAGGAAUGAUAGAGAAGACUUGAACACCAGCAUCUAGGGUAGAAGGUAUCUUCCAGUGUUACUUGUUGAUUUGUUUUGCCUUGAUAAUCCCCUGCUAGCAGCCUACAUCACUUCACAUCCAAACUAGCUGGACAUUUCAGCAUGUAAACUGCUCCCACAGGAAAGAAGAAGAGAGUAUAAUGUUGCUAUUUAGUGGUAUGACAAACAUUGUGACUAUGAUUGGUUUUGUCCCAUGAAAGGGAAAAAUGAGAUGUGUACUAUAUUAGAAAGCAAGGCUUAUUAAAAGAGGACAAUGAAGCAGAGCAGUCAUAGUGAUCAUAAAUCAAAAUGAGCACUUGUGCUUCUGUUUCCAUUUGAUUUCCAUUGCCUGGAGCAUAGAAGAAGAAUUAAGAAGAAAAGCUAAGAAGACAGUCCAGGGAAUUUCCAUACACUCACCAUUUAGUGAUACCUGCCAUUUUGGUACAGAGCUCUGAAAACCUUGGUGCAGAAAAAUUAAAGACAUUGCAUACUGUUCUGAAACAGAAGAGUCCAUUACAUCUGUUCUUGUCUUUGGCUGCUCCGGGAUUUCUCUGAAAAACUGCUUUUAAUAUUAGCUUACAUUAUGGGGUCACUUUUGAGCCCACUUUUGCUGGCUAGCUGUCUGGCUGUGACAUCAAUCAGCCCUCUGAGUCACUGUGUAAUUUAGGACAUAGUUUAGAAAAGGUCAUUCCUGAGCAAGAACUUCCUGUAAAGAGAGACCUGUUGCUACAAGUGCAGUAAUCUGUUGAUGAGCAUCGUGCUGUAAGCACUGCUGGUGUUGGCUUUCUCUAAAGACAAAGCAUACGUACAGCAGACCCUGUUUAUACACUUAGAGUUUUAUUUAUGGCAGUAAAUUACCUUUGAGGUUAAUCAGGCAGUUCCAGUAAAAAUUAUUAACAAACAGUCUAAAAGAAUAAGAUACGUGAAAAAGAGGAAGGAAAAAUACUAAGUGUCACAGGAGUUCCACCAUAUGAAUUGGACUGACCAAAGCCAGCUGGAAGGAGGUGAAAAGAAAAUGUUAUGACUGACCUGGCACCAUUUACCCCUCCUGAUUUUGAUUCCUUACUCUCCAGUCUGUCCCCAGACCUAGGUACAAGUACAAAAACACACAUGCAGCUGCAUUUUUUUCUGAUGUAAGUGUGUAUAGGUUAAACAAGCAGCUGUCUAAUUGCCCAUGUUCCCACAUAGCUAGCAUGCUUUCAGUGUUGAAGAUGUGCUGUGUGAUAGUAAUAGGAGAGUCCUUCCUCAGCUUCUAUGGGGACUAAAUUCAGUGGUAAUGACAUUAGAUUCUUUUCAGAGGUGCCUAACAGUAGAAAACUAAAUCCUUCCAAAUUACAGAACUGUUUUGAAGUUAACUGAAAAAAUGUGAAACACUUGGAGUGAAAUUCUGUGGGAAUACUGCCCACUACUUGAGUAGGACCAGAAUCUCAGCAAGGGACACACACAUAGCUGACCUUGUCACAUGAUAUGAGAAUUUAGAGCCCACUCAAUUUUUAAAGAAUGCUUUCACUUCUUUUCUUCUAAACAUAAAAGAUUCCCUUUCCUACUUUUGUUUUUUUUUCAUAUUAGUACACGGUACAGUAGAGUUAUCUUAUUUGUAACCUUAGCAAAAUACAUCUUUCCAUUAUCAAGAGCUCAGAGAUAUCCUUUAAUAUGACAGUUUCCUUUAUCCAGGUCCUCCCUACAUGUAGUGAAAGUCUGCUCUGUUACAGUGCUGUAUGAUGUGUGAACAGUUUGCCUUAUUCUUUCCAAUGAGUUGGUGUUUUCCAUGUUUUUAUUAGAAAGGUGCAUAUCACAGAGUCCUUUAUCAAGUGUGAAUGUAAGAGAAUUUGUAGUUUUUAUCUUGUGAAAUGCUCAUCUGUAGCAGUACUGCAGCUGUAACUAUUCUGUUUUAUUUU